AAACAAAUCAAUAUGGACAAGAAGGAGGAAGUAUAAGACUGGUAUGUCCUUUUUCUUCACCGGAUACAAAUGGCAAGACAACCUGGAAUGGACCACCAUCAUUAAUGGCCUACUUCAUCAAUGAAAUUAAGAAUCCUAAUGUUGCUAGACCAGAACGUUUGUCUGUGGUAAGGAACGUCAACACAGGAGGAUAUGACCUUCAGAUUACUGGACUCAGCAGAGCAGAGGAUGUUGGAAAAUACACAUGUAUCGUGAACACCAUGCCACCAAAAGAGUACAGAGUGAACUUGAAUUUGUAUGAGUCACCUUCUAAUAUUUCCAUAAGCGAGUCAUACACUGAGAAUGGAAUUCUGAGAAUCAGAGGUACGGAAAGCAGUAGUCUCACAUUAAUCUGCCUUUCAGUUGGAGGAGUACCGCCUGCUAAUGUUACUUGGAAGAGAGGCUCACAGAUUCUAUCCAGUGGAAUAAGUCAGACCUCAUACACCUUUGCUGCAUCAAGUAAUGAUGAUCUCCAGAACUACACGUGUGUCUCUAACAGUCCAGCUUUGACUAGCCCGAUGAUGAAGGAUGUACAGAUUUAUCUUAAGUUGAUGCCUCAGAGACCACUUAUUUCCUCUCUCUUUGUAACUAAGGAGAACCAGCAGUUGACGGUGAGUUGUUCAUCCAGUGGGAGCCGCCCAGCAGCAACCCUAUCCUGGAGGUUUAGAGGAUCUUCAUUACCAGCAACAACUACUUUUCCACCUAUGUUAGAUACUUUGACACACACCUACACUGUAAGCUCAACCCUAACUGUUACAGUGAACCGAGGAGAUAAUGGAAGAAACGUUACAUGCAUCGCUUCUAACAUUGCGUUAUCAGCUGGAACUCAGUCAAAGCAAGUUGUUUCCAUCCACUUUGGCCCAGACAGAAUCGGCUUUGAUGGGACUACUGGACUGCAGGAGAACAGUGCAAUGAAUUUGAGAUGUACAGCUGAUGAAUCAAACAAUGCAUCAAUUAUUUCAUGGAGAAAUAACUCGUCUCCUCUGUCUGUUAACACUGCAGUAUCCACAUCUGCUGGAAUAUACAAUGGAGUAAGGACAUCUCAAACUUAUACAAAAGUAUUGUCACGUCAUGAUCACCGUUCUGUCAUCACCUGCACAGCUAGUAAUGGUGACAAUGUGGCAAAUAAUUCUACUACUCUUGAUGUUAAGUACUCCCCUCGGGUUAGUCUAUCACCAUCCAAUUUAAUGGUUGUUGUAGGACAAAGAGAUGUAAUACUACAGUGUACCUUGCUAGAAGCAAAUCCACAGCAGGUAUCUUAUACGUGGAACCCAGCCACAUCUACAUCUAAUGUCCUUAAGAUAACUGAAAUUACGAAAGUACACGAGGGGCAGUACGAGUGUGAAGCAGAAAACACUGUUGGUAGAUCUCCAAUAGCCAGGACUCAAAUAACUGUUCAAUAUUCUCCAGAGAUCGAAUCCUUUGUACCAAGAACUCCAGAGGAAGUCAAAGAUUCUGUUACAGUGAGAUGUAAUGCGACUGCUAAACCAGCUGUAAACCGGAUGUAUUGGAGAAAUCCAAACGGAGCAACAGCCUCAAAUAGUAAUAUACUACAGAUCAACAACAUACGGAGAGACCAGAGUGGUGUAUACACAUGUCACGCUGAGAAUACACUGACACCUACAGGUCAACAACCUUAUACGGGAAGAGGGCAACAGACUCUUACAGUAGAUGUACUUUAUGGUCCCAGCCUGGAAAAUACAAGAACUAAUUUCUCAAGUAUAAUGCAUUAUAAGGAGUCAAAUUCAUCUACAUUUCCCAGUAUAAUGUGUCACUCUAUAUGCAAUCCUGUGUGUCACCUUACCUGGAAUGGUCCACGUUCUUCUUCAUCAGCUGUGCUCAACCUCGGUCUGAUUAAAAGGGAUAAAAAUGGGACAUACAUCUGUACAGCAAGAAAUAUAGUGAACUCUUCCCCUAGAUCUGCGUCAAUAACUAUACACAUUAUUGUACUUUAUCCACCAAAUAUCAAUAUCACCAUAAGUUAUGGUAUAAACACUGUUAAUGAAGGAGAAAGGGUACAGAUAAUGUGUACUGUUGAUAGUCAACCCUAUUCCAACGUAACGUGGCAUCGUAAGGGAGAACGUCUCGGACACCAGGACAUUAGUAUGGCAUAUAGUCAACUAGUCAUCAGUUCUGCCCAUUGUUAUGACACAGGGAAUUUCAGUUGUCAUGCUGAAAAUGGAAUAGGGAUUCCAGCAACAAAGAGCACACCACUAAAAGUCAAAUCAUUAGCUUUUGUGAUCGUGAGGCCCGGGUUCGAUUCUCGUUCGCCGCGCUGCAUCAAACCUAAGACGAGGUAG